AUGAGCAGCAAGCCCCUACUCACUCUCCAGGAGCUGGCAGGACAGAACCUUCUGAGGAAUGAGGCCUUGGCCAUCAUUGCUUUGGAGGACUUACCCAUACUAUUCUUACCACAACUGUUGAAACAAGCCUAUGAUGGUAAUCAUUGUAAGGUCCUGAGGUCAAUAGUGUCUUCCUGGCCUUUCCCCCGCCUUCCGCUUGGAGUUCUGAGGAAGAGGACACCCUACUUGGAGACUCAAUUACAAGUUGUCUUAGAGGAGAUUGAUAAGCUGCUUAUCCAAAAGGUUCGCCCCAGGAAGUACAAACUAAGAGUGCUGGAUUUACGGUCUGUGGGACAACACUAUUUGGAUGUGUGGCCUGGGUCCAUGGAUGACUGGUUACCCAAGACCACUCAAGCAGAUCCUUGCUGUUCUAAGACAGUAGUAACACAUCCCUUGAAAGUAGCAGUGGACUUGUAUCUCAAAGAUAGAGGCCAGAGUAGGCUGUUCUCCUACCUUGUUCAGUGGAGUGAUAGGAGGAAAGGGUUGUUACAGCUGUACUGUAAUGAGCUUCAGAUUUGGUCACCAUCCCAUCAAAACUACAGGAGGCUCUCACAAAAGGUGAGCCUGGAGCACGUAGAAACACUGGGCCUGCAUUCUUCCUGCAGUCCAUCCUUUUUGCUUAACUUGGCUCCUUACCUGCGCCAAAUGAGGAACCUGUGUAAACUUGCUCUCUCCAACAUCCGUGAAGAGAACUUUGUCUCCCCAGAGAAGAGGAGGCGUAUCAUCACCAGGUUUACCUUGCAGCUCCUUAAGCUGGAGAGACUGCAGAAGCUGCAUCUUGAUGCUGUCUGCUUCCUUGAGGGACACCUGGACCAGCUGCUUGGGUCUGUGAAGACCUCCUUGGAUGACUUGGCAGUGACUCACUGUAAUCUCUCAGUAUCAGAAUGGAACCAUCUUUCUGAGUUCCCAUGUGUCAGUCAAUUGCAACACCUGAAUUUGGAAAAUGUCAGAUUGACUGGUUUAAGUCCUGAACCCCUCCGAGUUCUGUUAGUAAAAGCUGGACCCACCCUGGUGGCCUUGGACUUGGAGGACUGUCACCUUGAGGAGAGCCAGCUCUAUGCCAUCCUACCUGCCCUGAGCAAGUGCUCCCGGCUCACCAAUUCAUUCAGUUUCUAUGGGAACCAAAUCUCUAUGCCUGCCAUGAAGGAUCUACUACACCACACUGCCAGAUUGAUACACCUUAGGCUGGAGCUGUACCCUGUCCCUCAGGACAGCUAUGACUACAGCGGUACUCCCCACAUGCAAAGGAUGCAACAAUGCUGUGAUGAUCUUAUGAAUCUACUGAAAACCAUUAGGGAGCCAGGCAGGGUCUUCUUUGGUACUGACCGCUGUGAUCAGUGCUGCAAUCGAUAUAUCUAUAAGAAAACCAUUAUGUGUAACUGUCAGACAUCUUACUAG